CCUCCAUCUGAGCUGUGGUUUUUUCUGCAGGUACGUGAUUUGCAGGUUUUGCGAACUCUUUAUUGUCUUGCUAAGUGGGGAAUAGCGUUUGGUUGAGUAUUAGACCGUAGAAAGAGGGAAUGGCGGACUCAAUAUCGAGCUUCUGGGGUCCUGUCACGUCUACGAUCGAGUGUUGUGAGAAGAACUAUGCGUACUCUUCUUAUAUUGCAGAGUUUUUCAACACCAUGUCGAACGUUCCCAGCAUUCUACUGGCACUCAUUGGUCUUAUAAAUGCUCUAAGGCAGCGGUUUGAGAAGAGAUUCAGUGUACUUCACAUAUCUAAUAUGAUACUUGCCAUUGGAAGCAUGUUAUACCACGCUACAUUGCAGCACGUGCAACAGCAGAGUGAUGAAACUCCUAUGGUUUGGGAGAUGCUCCUUUACAUGUAUAUCCUCUAUUCCCCAGAUUGGCACUAUCGCAGUACAAUGCCGACCUUCCUCUUCCUAUAUGGUGCUGUUUUUGCUGCAGUUCAUUCAGUGGUCCGAUUUGAGAUUGGAUUUAAGGUGCACUAUGUGAUCUUGUGUCUUCUUUGCAUACCCCGAAUGUACAAGUAUUAUAUAUACACACAGGACGUGUAUGCCAAGAGGCUUGCGAAGCUCUAUGUGGCCACUCUUCUUAUAGGGAGUUUGUGCUGGCUCGGUGACAAUGUCUUCUGCAAAGAGGUAUCAAGUUGGCCCAUAAACCCGCAAGGUCACGCCUUGUGGCAUUUAUUCAUGGGUUUUAAUUCCUAUUUUGCAAACACGUUCUUGAUGUUUUGCCGGGCUCAACAACGAGGAUGGGCUCCAAAGAUUGUUCAUUUUAUGGGGCUCUUGCCCUAUGUGAAGAUUGAAAAACCAAAAACCCAAUGAGACUUGAAGUAAAUGGCAGGAUAUAGUUUCAGUUGAGACCAUCUACUUGUGUGAGGAACAUCAGCUAGCAAAACGCUGGAUUUUAUUCUUUUUAGAUGGGAUAUUAUCAUAAUUCUUGUUUUAGAAGUAGAACUUGUAACAUACUAUAAGCUUUUGUUUGUGGUGUUGUGCUAGAAGGGCUUACCUUUUUUGAUUAUCA